AUUUUGGUACACCUGAAUUAGGACCAAAAAAAAGAGCAACAACUAGAAGGCCUGCUUCUAAUAAUCAAAACUCAUGGUAUAACUUUGCAACUUUUAGUCUAUUUCUUUUAAGAACUUUAUUUUCAAAUGUUUCAUACUCUAUUAAAAAGCCUAGCGGACUUACUGAAUUAACCAUUGCAUCUUCUAGAUCUAAGAGUACAAAUUCGAGCUAUUGA